AUCACCACCUUCCUCGCAACACAGCAGCCCCAUCGAACGGUAUCAGUCGCGCUGAUACGAGUCUGAUCAUCUCUCAGCGCAAGACCCUCUGCUUCCUCUAGCCCCAAGCUCUGUGGUCGUUCCACUAGAGCCGCCUCAGGUCCACCGCAUCCAAGAACAACUCCUCGCCGAACGUCAUGUCGAACACUCUGCGGCCGUACCUCUCAUGUGUGAGAUCGUCGCUCACAGCAGCCAUGACUCUGGAGAAUUUCGGAUCGCAGGUGGUGGAAAGGCAUAACAAGCCUGAAGUGGAAGUGGGCGGAUCCGUCGAGGUCAUGCUGGCGCCUCUGAUGAUCUCCAGGAACGAGAACGAGAGGGUGCUCAUCGAGGCCUCUGUCAACUCGCUGCGCCUCUCCAUCAAGAUCAAGCAGUCGGACGAAAUCGAGCGCGUACUCUGCCACAAGUUUGCACGCUUCAUGAUGCAGCGAGCCGAGUCCUUCAUCAUCCUGCGCAGGAAACCAGUGCCGGGCUACGACAUCAGCUUCCUCAUCACAAACGCCCACUCCGAGACUAUGCUCAAGCACAAGCUCGUGGACUUCAUCAUCCACUUCAUGGAAGAGGUGGACAAGGAGAUUAGCGAAAUGAAGUUGAGCUUGAAUGCAAGGGCGAGAAUCGUAGCAGAGAGCUAUCUGGGGACAUUCGCAUAA